UUCUUAUAUCGAGCACACAUUGUGAAUUCUGUUUGAAAGCUGGAAGGUCGUAUGUGCGCAAGAAUCGGUCGGCAAAGUGAAUUUCAAAAGUAACUGAAAGCACAGAAAAGUUUAAAUUGCGAAUUGUUUUUAAUUUUACACUGCGUUGAACUGUUUGUUAAAAUAUUAAUGUGUGUACGUGCGCGUUAAAAGUCAGUAACUUGUGUGCACAUAGGGGAAACAGGACUGCGCAAAAAAGGAGAAGAAGAAUUUCGUGAUUGGCGGCUGUUUGUGUGCGUGUGUGUGUGUUCUGUGUGUAUGUCAGUGGUGCGGCACGAGAGCAAAAGGAGAAUUUGCAAGAAAGAAAGAAAGAAGAGCCAAGAAGCGGCGUGUGAAUCACGAGUGAGCGAGAGCACAGACUGAAUCACAUACAUUUUUGUUGGCAUUUCGAAUAAGAUACUACGAAGAAGCGGAUAAUCGAAAAACACACAAAUAAAAAGCAAUUGGUUUAUUGCAAAAAAGGUGAGAAAAGCAGCUGCUGAGCAAAAUGGAACACGAGGAUAACGCGCACUUUGACAACUUUUUGCAAAAUCGCCUGACGGAGAGUCUGCAAAACGCUGGCAGCGCCGGCAAUGCUGCAGACGUAGCUGCCGAGCUGGUGCCCAACAUCGGAAAUCCCAAGACUGGAGAGCACGAUGGUGAGCACGAUGACGAAGAAGAAUGGAAAUAUAUUAAAGAAGUGCAGCAGAGCGAAAAGCAGCAGCAGCAACAACAAUUCUACGGCGAAAAGUUUAACGACGCCGACGCUGACGCUGACGUCGCCUUUGGCGUUGGUGCUGGUAAUGGUAUUGGUAUGACUGCUGUUGGCAACGGUAAUGGCAACGGCGUUGGCUUCGGCGUCGGUGGUGGGAGCAGCAGUGACGCGUACAUGUCGCUGGGCAUGGACUUGAGUCUAGGCAAUGGCGUUGGAGUUGGCAGUGGCGUCGGCAGCGGCAUUGGCAGCGCAGCUGGCUUCAGGGCUUACGAAGAAGAAGAAGACGUUGAGGUGAUUAAGAAUGAUGGUGACUUUUCAACAAACUCCAACACGACAACAACAACUUCAACCACGGGUGAAGUGGAGCCGCAAGUGCAGCAAUCAUUGUUGCCACAUGAAGCACAUGCUCCAAAGGAGGAACAAUUGCUGCACGACGAGGAAGAGGAUGAGCCCAGCUCGGUGGCAACUACUUAUGGCACCAGCAGCCUAAGUGAGCAACAACAGGAGCCGGAACUGGAACAUAAUCCAACCGAAGCACAUCCAGAGUUGUUUGAUAAUAAAGAGAACAUUGAAUUGGAAUCGCACUCGCAGCUCAAUCCUAAUGCCGUCGAGUUUGUACCUCACUUUGGAUCGCCACCCACCUCCCCCUCUCAUAUUGCAAUUGUCGAUCCUCUGCAGACAUUGGGUCGCCAAUUGUUGUCCGAUGAUCUGGUUGCGGAGAGUCCUCGCAAGGGAACCCGUGACUGCAACAUGGACACCAUUGCCGUUCCCGAUGAAAGUGAAUUUGAUGAUGAGGCCGCCAAGCGUCCACACGAAUUGGAGCAAGAAGACGACACUUUCCCAGACGCCUCUGAGUUUUCUCAUGAGCAGCUUCAGUUGCAAAAUGGUGGCGGACUCUUUCAGCAGGAACAGGAGCAGCAUCAGCAGCAGCAGCGUAUUGAUCACGGUCCGGAGACCAGUGUUGACUUGGAAGCUGAUUUGGAGCCGGAGUCGGAGCCACAACAAGAGCAAGAGUUGACCGCUGCACAGGAUGAGAUCAUGAAGCAAUCCAUCUAUGGUGGUGAAACCAUCUCCAAUGCUUCCAUUGAAGACAUACUCAAUUCGGUGCAGCCGUUGCCACAGCAAACACCUGGCGAGGAGCCGCUGAAGGAGAAGGAGCUGCUAAAUGUGGAGGAAAAGGAACUCGUUUCCCAAUCCCCAUCCAUUGAGGAACUUCAUCAGCAUCAGCUACAACAGCUGGUGGAUCCAAUGCAGGCUUCAUUUUAUUUGGAACACACCUCGAGCGAUGCAUUUGGCAAGGAUGCACAUGAUCCUGAACAGAGUCUCCUGUUGGACACCAGUGCUCCGUUCAGUCCGCUUGAGGAUUUGCCGCACCAUGACAUAGAACCCACAGCCACGACACUUGAACUGCAGCCGGAGCAGGCAGACAUUGUUGACAUAACGCCAUCUCCGCUCUCCUCAUCAACCGAGGAGAAGCAUCUGGUGGAGGAGACUAAGGAGCAACAACAGAAUCCAAUUGAGGAACCUCUUCUGAUGUCGGACCACAUUGUGAACGCCUUUAAUGCCGCCGGUGUUUCGUCUCAGGCGGAAUAUGCUGAUUUCAAUGCAGCUACCGGCUACGGAGUUCACGACCAAGAGGAGAUUGCCCCAGCUACCAAUCCGUUUGCAGCACAAGAGCAAUUUGAUUUGAACAUGCAGCCGACAACUGAAUCGCAGUUUGAGGCUGAACUGGAAAAGGCUCAACUGGAGGAGGCGCAUCUCAAGCAGUUGAAGGAGGAGCAAAUCCAAAAGCAGGUGGAAGAGGAGGAGCAGUUGGAGGAGGAGCGGCGUGUGUACCAGCAGCAUUUGGAGGAGGAGCAGAGCUUGCACCAACACCAACUAGAGGAGGAGCAGCGUCUGCAACAAAAACAAUUGGAAGAGGAGCAGCGUCUGGAGCAACUGCAAUUGGAGGAGGAGCAGCGUCUGCAGCAAAAACAGUUGGAGGAAGAACAGCGUCUGGAGCAGCAGCAUUUGGAGGAGGAGCAGCGACUAAAGCAACAACAAUUUGAGGAGGAGCAGCGUUUGCACGAACAGCAACUGGAGGAGGAACGUUUGCAACAGCAGCUGGAGGAGGAACAUUUGCAAAAACAACGGGAGGAGGAACGUUUGCAACAACAAUUGGAGGAGGAACGCCUGCAGCAACAAUUGGAGGAGGAGAAGCGUGCAGAGCAGCAGCUUGAAGAGGCGAAGCGUCUGCAGGAGGAGGAACAGCAGAAGCAGCUGGAGGAGCAGAAAGAGGAAGCAAUUGUCAAACAGGAAACACAAACAAACUACAACGAACCACAUAAGCAAGAUGAACUUACCGAGGCGGAUCAGUUAAUUAACAAUCAACUUAAUGCUGAAGUCGCACCCUAUACAAAUGGAACUGCACUAGAGUCUCAAUUGGAGCAACCCAUUGUCCCAGAGGCAGCUGUCGAGAAGCUGGUGGAACCAUCUGUCGAAUCAGCAGCAGUUGCCGAGGACUCGCCUGUGGCUGACGUAGCUGUGGCUGCCACAGCCGCUGUAGCUGCCACUGCCGUAGUUGGAGCUGUGACUGCUGUGGCUGCCAAGGCCAAGGUCAAGGCCAGUCCCAGUGAUGCGGCCAAGAAGCCAGCUGCCAGGACUUCAACAACAACAACAACAGCCGCCAGGGCCAAACCGUUGGCUGCUGCUGGUGCUAUUACCAAGAAGACCACAGUGGGCACUGCAGCUGCAUCCAAAGUAACGGCUGCACGUCCGCGCACGGCACCAGCAACUGGCGCCGCCAAAACCACUGCUUCCACAACAACAACAACAAGCACAUUGGGUGCUAGCAAGCCGGCGGGCACUGCUGCCCGCAAGCCACUGGCCGCCAGCAAUGUGGCUGGCAAGCCGGCAGCAAGAGCAGCCAGCAGCACCACUUUGAGCUCCACAUUGCGUAAAACAACUCCCGCGUCGGGCACUUUGAGUGGAGCACGCAGUCCUACCAAACCACUAGCCAAUGGUGUGGCCAAGAGCAGCAGCUCCACCACUAGCACCACUCGAGUCAAAUCGGCCACUGGCAUCGCCAGUUCCACAGGCACAAGCACAACCACAACAACAACGACCAUCACAAAGACUUUCACAGCGCGUCCGGCGCCCAAAUUUACACUGUCAGCGCCAGCAAGCGGUGCCAGCACCGCACGUCGCUCUCCGCUAUCCGCGGGCAGCGCCACCUCCGGUGCUGCAACACAGCAACUGGACGAUCAAAAAGAGGAACCGAUUAGCCACAAUGGCAAUACCAAUGGUAAUGGCAAUGGCAAUGAACUUGGCUUAACUGAAGAGGUAGCGCUGCUGGAUUUCUAG